CAUAGCGUCGAAAAGCAUAGGCCUCACCAAAGUGUGGAGUCAGACAUACAGACUUUCGUGCUACCAGGUUUGGCACAUAACAUAGAGAUGACGAAGCUUCAGAUCAUGGACUACGAAAAAUUCCAAGAUAGUUAUACGGAGUUUCUGAGGGUUAUUAAAGAAGCUGAAUUGAAAAGCUAUGGCACCAUCUUUAACAGCUUCAAUGGGCUCGAGCAUGAUUAUGAGGAAUACUACAAGACAGUCAUAG